CAAAAUGCUAGAGCCUAGAGGUCAAAUGAAGAUGUAGUCAAGAACUUAGUUUUCUAAGCCACACCCUAUUUUUCUAUGCUAACGCCCUGUUAGAUUCAAAAGAAGUGCUUUUCAUUACAGUAAGUCUCUAAAGACCUAUUCCAAUUCAAAUACUAGUUAAUUCGUCAAGUGCUGCCCAUGAGAUCAUCUCCUCCUUCCCCUACAGAAAUUUCAAUCAGUGACCAAUACAUAUCUGUAUCUCAGAAAAUCUCUGUACGCAGCUUUCAUGAGCCUUCAUCCUGUCUAACAAGAAAUUCGUCCCGAGCAACAACAAAAGCUUGUAAACAGUUGUCACCAUGGAACCGAUUUUCAUUUCUCUCUACCUCUCCUUGUUUCUCCACAUCCUCACUCUCCUAGAGGCCGGUCAGUCGCCACCUAUAUACACUCCGGCGGAUGAUAUCACCCUCGACUGUGGCAAUUUGGGGCAACACUCGAAUAGCUAUGACCCCAGGAUUUGGAGUGGAGACAUCAACUCAACAUUUUCCCCCAAACAAGAUGGUGACAGUAACGCCACAUCCCAAUUCAGAAAAGCACCUCCGUCGUUAUCACAAUCCGCCAGCCAAGUCCCUUACACCACUGCCCGCCUUUCUUACUCGGAAUUCACUUACAGAAUUCCUCUUUCUCCCGGGAAAAAGUUCAUCCGCUUGCAUUUCAACCCGGCUUCAUACCCAGACUUCCACAUCUCCAACUCCCUCUUCUCUGUCACAGCUAGCCACUACAUCCGCGGCUACAUCCUCCUCAAAGACUUCAGAGCUUACAUCACUGCCGACGAUGCUUACAGGGAGAUGCCGCUCAUGAGAGAAUUCUGCGUCAACAUAGAGACACAACAUAGUUUGAACAUCACAUUCAGUCCCAGCAAAGAUGCAUACGCUUUCAUCAAUGGGAUUGAAAUCGUGUCUAUGCCCUCCAAAAUUUACACCACUUCAGUUCUUUCCAUCGGCAGUGAUAGCCCUUAUUCAUUCGAAAGCAGAAUAGCUCUGGACAUGGUGUACCGAAUCAACAUAGGCGGAAAGCCAAUCAACACUACUGAAGACACCGGAAUGUACCGGAAAUGGGACGCUGCCGACGACAUGUAUUUGGAUGGUUUUAGUAAAAAAUACAGCGUGCUAGCACAGAACAAUACAGUUGAGCUCAAUUUUGUCGAAACUCCAGAGUACUCUGCUCCAAAAGAAGUUUACAAUACAGGUCGGUCCCUGUGGAUGAACAAUACUAUCAACAAGAGUUACAAUCUCACUUGGUCAUUUCCUGUAGACUCUAACUUCUCCUACCUGGUUAGAUUGCAUUUUUGUGAGUUUGAGUCUGACGUUACCAAGAGCGGAGAGAGGACAUUUGUAAUUUACCUAGCCAAUCAAACUGCUGAACAAGGAGCAGACGUAAUUCUAUGGAGUGGUGGAAAUGGGAUACCAACACUCAGAGACUACACCUUGCUCAUGCUUGGCCCUGGAAGCCAGAAAAAAGUUAAUCUCUCUAUUGCAUUGCAAGCAUCCCGAGUAGAUGGGUUGACCGAAUACAAGGAUGCAAUGUUGAAUGGACUCGAAAUCUUCAAGCUAAUUGACCCAAAAGGUGAUCUCAAAACCAACCCAGACCCAACAAUGACACCGCAUAGUAAAUCGUUUCCUGUGCUUGUCCUCGUUGCUGGUGUAGUUUCCAGCAUACUUGUGUUCUCUGUCCUCGGAUACUUGGUUUUCAGGAAAAGAUGGAAAGUCAAGGACCCUGACUACAGGAUAAGGAAGUUCACGACCACCCCCGGGUCAUCAUAUCCGUGUCGCUACUUUUCACUGGCAGAGAUCAAAGCCGCCACCAAAAACUUCAGUGAUGCUUUUAUCAUUGGAGGUGGAGGUUUUGGUAAUGUAUAUAAAGGAUGCAUUGAUGGUGGUGCCACUCCAGUUGCAAUCAAACGGCUGAAACCAGAAUCAUCCCAAGGUGUCCGUGAGUUUGAGACUGAAAUUGAGAUGCUCUCCCAACUCCGUCAUCGCCAUUUGGUUUCACUCAUUGGAUGUUGUACUGAUAAAGGAGAGAUGAUCUUAGUGUAUGAUUACAUGGCACAAGGGACCCUCCGUGACCAUCUCUACCACACUAAUACUCCACCUCUUCUUUGGGAACAACGGCUUCAGAUUUGUAUUGGUGCAGCUAGAGGAUUGCAGUACCUCCAUAGUGGUGUGAAGGGCACCAUCAUUCACCGAGAUGUGAAGAGCACAAACAUCUUAUUGGAUGACAACUGGGUGGCCAAGGUUUCAGAUUUCGGGCUGUCCAAAGGCACAACAAACAUGGCCAAAACCCACAUCAGCACGAUUGUGAAAGGCAGUUUCGGGUAUCUGGAUCCAGAAUACUACCGACGACAACAUCUGACUGAGAAGUCAGACGUCUACUCAUUUGGUGUAGUUCUGUGCGAGGUAUUAUGUGCAAGGCCAGCAGUGAUACAUACAGAAGAGCUGAGGCAAGCCAGCCUGGCUGAGUGGGCCAAGAGCUGUCAUCAGAACGGAGAACUUGAUCAAAUCAUUGAUCCAAGUUUGAGAUGUAAGAUUGCAGCCGGGUGCUUGAAUAUAUUCUCUGAUGUAGCUAUCAGUUGCAUGCAUGAUGAUGGGACCAAACGGCCAUCUAUGAAUGAUGUUGUAAGAGGGCUUGAGCUUGCUUUGGACCUUCAACCGAGCGCAGAGGGGAACAUCAACUGCACUGAAAGGACUGGUAAAACUGAAACAAACAGUAGUGAGCAAAGUUGUGCAAACAACAAUUCCAUUAUAUGCAUAUCUGGGACAAUCUUUUCUGAGAUCAACAACCCAAGUGGGAGAUGAGACUGUUCCCCUACAAUUUUCUCUGGAAUACAAUGUUAGUUGUAAGGUAAGAAAUACGCUACGUCUAAUACUUCAAUGAAUCUAAACCCAGCAAUGCAAUAUCAGUUGAAAUGAGUAUUCAAAUCAGAUAACAGUGCAUUCUAAAUUAUCAUCCUUUGCAAAAUUCCCAUAAGUAUCACCAAUGUAUAGAAUUUCAGAAGCGACUAUUUCCAGUCAAGUGAAACAGAAAUGAUAUGAGCACUCAAAUAGUCAUAUAGAAAGCAUAAAAUGGUAAUGCCUUUGUAAUUGCACAAAAUUU